AUGGAGGUUUCAAGAUUUGCACUGGGUCAAUCUUCUUGUUUUUCUGUUGCUGGAAUGGAUGUUCAUGCCCCAAUAUCUCAUUACUCCGCUUCAUCAUCUUCUUUGUCAAUUCCGUGUCGCGGAAAAUCUGGAUUUUCUUCGAGACGCGGAAAGAUGUGUGGGUUUUCUGAUACGGGUCACUUGGAGUAUUACAAUUACAACAAUAAGACUUCGGGGAUAAUAUGGUGUGGAAAAAAGGAAAAUAUUAAGGAAAGAGAGACGAAAAAGAUUAAGAACAAAUUGAAAUUGCUCAAGGGAUUGUCGAAGGAUUUGUCUACGUUUUCUAACAUGGGUUUUGGAUUUAACUCCGAUGAAGUUAAAGGCAACACGAUUACGGAAGCAGCUGAGUUAUUGAUGGAACAACUAGAGAAACUAAGGGCAGAGGAGAAGGAAUUGAAGAAGAAAAGGAAAGAAGAAAAGGCUAAAGUAAAAGCUGAGCGGACGCGAACCCAGCUCGAAUGUGACAUGUCUUCAAGUUCUUCUUCUGAAUCAAGCGACAGUGAAUGUGGAGAGGUAGUUGACAUGAACCUCCUUAAAUGUGCUCAGGCAAUCCCAAAUCCAAAUACUUUGCAAACAGUGGAUGAAGAAGUAGCGUCACCCCCACUUAGCAUGUCCACCCUAGAGGGGACGACGAUUAGGUUACAACAGAGCAUUUCAGAGUCAAUCCCAACCGUUCUGAGCACGAUAACAGAGGAGAAAAUUGACGUCGGGAGGGGCAUUGAAUCAUUCAAUUCGGUUCAAGAAAGUUGUUCUAGAACAGAUAGCUUAUGUAGAGACGCGAGUGAUGUUAGCUUAGUUAAAGUAGAUUCUGCAAUGAAAAUCGAGGUGUGCAUGGGUGGAAAAUGCAAGAAAUCAGGGGCUGCAGCAUUAUUAGAGGAAUUUCAGAAGAUGGUUGGGAUUGAAGUUGGAGUUUCUGGUUGCAAAUGCAUGGGCAAGUGCAGAAGUGGCCCUAAUGUGCGGGUUCAAAAUAACUUCGAAGGAGUUCAAGCUGGUGGGGAUGAUGUUUCUGUCAGGGGUUCGACCAAUCCUCUGUUCAUUGGUGUCCGUCUAGAGGAUGUUGAUUUGAUCGUCGCCAAUUUGUUAGGUGAUAACCAGCCAAAUGAAUUCGAAUUCAGUGCUACUGCAGCAGCAUCUUAA